AUGGGUCCUGAACACUGCAUAGAAGAUGGGGUGGAAGACUGGGAAUCGUGGGACGAAACUUCUGCGGCUUCUUCUGAACUUGGCAGGUUGUUUGUCAUCGGCUUGGUUACCGGUUGGCUGGAUGAGGAAGAGCUACUCCAGCGCGUCGCAACCACCCCGCCCGCGACCCUCGACACCAGCUCCCACCCACAGCUCGACAGCUCGACAGCUCGACGCCUCGACACCUUCCACGCCGACAAGACCAAUCACAGACGCAAGAUGCCUCCAUGGGGUCGCAAACGCCAGCGGGUAGAAUCCGAACCCGAACCCGAACCCGAACCGCGACAGCCAUCCCCCUCCCCCUCCCGCUCCUCCUUGGAAGUCCUCGAGGAAGAAGAGCAAGAACAAGAAGAAUCGCGACCACCCUUCUACAACACGACCUUCUCUACGCACCGCGUCUCUCCUUUCUACAUCGGUAAACAACCACUCAACCGCGACCGGUUACAGACCACUUCCCAACGACUUCGCGAAAUACUAGUUGGAGAUGUGGUCCGUGGUGUCGAGAUCGGGCUGGGGAGGAUAGAUGGAGAGGAUGGUGUCAUGGGAAGAGCUGGGGCUUUGGAGGUUGUUGAUAUUCGGUGGGUUAGUAUGGGGAUGGUUUUGGGUGUUACUGGUUUGGAGCUCGAAGGAAACGGCAGUGAAGAUGAGGAGGGCCACGAAAGUACAGGGACAGACGACUGGUCUACAUUGGUCGAACGGCUACAAGACAAGAAAGCGCUGCAUAUCGCGUUGCGGUAUGAGACGGCUGAGUGCACGGCGCUGCUACUCCCUUCGUCUUCUUCCUCCUCUUCUUCCUCUUCCUCCUCCGAACCACAACCAUCUACUAUCUCGGGAACCCAACCAACCAACCCUCCAAACCCCGCACAUUUUGUUCACCUCCCUCUCCUCCUCCUCCGAAUGCCGGCGCCACUCAAAUCUGUUAUAACAGACUUUUUAUCAACAACAUUCGACUGCCGCGUCAGUUCUCUCCGGUUAGGGACACGAAGUCUCAUACAAAGCUGGGAAUCAUGGGUUCAAACGGCUGGAAUACCCGAGCGAGGACCGCUGGCGAAGGACGUGGUGCUUAAUCUUGGAUUUUACAUACCGCCUGCUGAGCACAAUGGAAAUGCCCUUGGCGUUACGGGCGGGAAUGGCGGCACAGGAGAGGACAAAGGAGGGGAUAAUGAAGGACCUGUACAACCUGGGCAGGAACCGUUGGGGAUAAAGGGUAUUGAUGUCAUUAUUCCUGCUGCUGAGUUACGGGGGUUUGUUCGAGCUGGGAAGCAGAUUGUGGCUGAUCGGCAAGGGGAAAACGAGAAGGACAACAGCAAAGAAAAAGUCAACGAAAAACCAACGUGGGAAGCAGACCUCAAGAAACGAAGAAAGUUAGCUGGUCGACUGGGAGAGGAAGGUUGGGAGUGGAGGGCUUCUGUCCCAGGAGACAACGACACCGACACCGACACACAAGGACAACAGUCACCAUUUACAGAAGCCUUGGGACGGUACGUUGACAAACACCUCGGUCUAAACCUGUUUCAUCCGGGGGUUAGGGUGACAAAGAUUGCUUGUGGAGGGUUUGUCAUGUCGGAGGGGAGAUUGAAGGUGUUUGCGCCGAGGGAGGGGGCACAAAGGCAGAGGGGGGCCGCGUGGAAGUUGGUUGAGGGGUUGGUUGGGAAGGCUAAGGGUGGGAAGACACUCGCCUAG